AUGCUUCCUGCAACUUUAACCUUUAUCAACAUAUUAGCAGCGACAUCUCUCGUCACCGCGCAACGUCCCUCUUCAACUUCAAUAUGCGAUUACUACGCCAACAAACUCUUCGGUGCCAAUAACGGCACGACCCAGCAACUGGUGCAGACACUGAUUCUCAACACCGCAUUCAUCGGAAACUACACAACUCCGAACGUAGGUAUCCCCGUCCCAGGUAUCGCCCCAGAAACGACAUUUAACGGCACGAAUGUCAAUCUGCUUCGAUAUUUUGACGCAGCUCUGUAUUCUACCAAUGAUGGAGUUCAUAACUAUGGUGUUGCGAAAUUGUUUCUGGAUGAUGGUGGACCGGUUCCACUUUCCAUGAGUAAAGCGUCGAAUGGGAAUGUGAAGUCGAAUCAAUAUCUCCUCGUCACCCACGUUUGGCAAUACUUCGGCGUCCUCCUCAACUGCUCCAAACAAGGCAUCGACCCCGACUUCCCCGCCUACAAAGGAAACCCGAGCAUGUACGAAGUCCACAAAUACAUGGACCUCGACCCCUACGAACAAGGCUGGUUCGUGGACCAACUCACCCAAGCCGCCGCCUCUAUCGGUUUCUCCGCCGAAGACACAACGAUAUGGUUUAACACCAUGACCGGACUUUUCUCAUCGCGAUGUUCGCCUCCGACGGUCGUAGGAGGGCUUCCACCGGCGUUGAAUGCUAUAUGUACACAUUCGUCGUGUCCGGUUGCUGAGGGUGGGGAUUGUGCGUUGUACAAUGGUGGGAAGGAAGCGGUUGCGCCUGGUGUGGCGAAUGUUACGCUUGCGGGGAAUUAUACGAAGAUGAAUGGGACUGCUGUGGCGGGGAAUUCUAGUGGUGGUGUCAUGCCGACGACUGCGGUGCAGAGUGGAAGUGUUGGCAAUUUUGGAUAUAAUAGUAUUCUUGGUUCGGUUGUUAUCUUGAUUAUUGGUGGUAUUAUGGUCUAA